UGUAUAUUGUUAUAUUGUGGAGACGCACGUUUGACAGAUGUAUAAAACGCAUUUCCAUUGCUAGCGGUAGUCAAAUCGAUUUCACAACAACAUUUUUAACUUUUUCCCAUCCAACAAUAAAAUUCAGUUGAACAAAUUUAUAAGACGCACAAAGAUGAUUAUUCCAGUUCGUUGUUUUACCUGCGGAAAAGUGAUUGGCAACAAAUGGGAAGCAUAUUUGGGUUUGCUGCAAGCCGAAUACACAGAAGGUGAUGCUCUUGACGCACUUGGAUUGAAACGAUACUGUUGUCGGCGAAUGCUGUUGGGUCAUGUGGAUUUGAUUGAAAAAUUGUUGAAUUAUGCACCAUUGGAAAAAUAAGUUGGCUUCAUCAAUCGUAAACUAGGUGUUAAACUAUGUGAAUAAGUAAAUUUUAAGGACAACUGAAAGACGAUGAAAGAAUGAUUCCGAAAGGAGGAAAAAGGCAGAAUUCAGACCUUCGUCAAAUUCCCAUUGAUUGUUUCUAUUGAAUCAACCCAAUAAACGAAAAUAAUUCGAAAUAAAACCUCAAAA